AUGGGUUGUAUGCAAACACGCUCUAAGGGUUUACCUUUAGAGCCUAUUGAUCUUGAGAUCGAAGCAUCCAACAGAAGGAGAAACGCUUUGAAGAGGCUAAACCAGCGGAUCCGAGUUUCUUCUCCGGUCCAGAGACGGUCACCUUCACCAGUUCAAGAACCACCGUCACCUACUCUAUCACCAGUUCACUCUCCUGUUCAGUUUGAGCCACAUCCUCCUUUUCUGAUGGAUGGAGGAAACGGGGGGAACAACAGGAAUAACAAUCCACCACCUCCUCUAACGAAUGCUCAACUUCAAGAGCAACUCGCAGCAUUGCAGAGGCGGUUAGAUCAAGGGCAGAAUGGGAUACCAGUGCAGAAUAUGUUUGCCUAUAAUGGGGUGUCCCAUCCAACAAUCGUUAGCAACAACGUGGAUGCUAACAACUUUGAGCUCAGGAGGGGGCUCCUUCAGAUGGUAGAGAACAAUGUUUUUAGAGGCCGAUCCACGGAGGAUCCUAACAAACACAUCACCAAGUUCAUCCAGAUCUGCAACACGACGAAAAUCAAUGAAGUACCGGAUGAACAGAUAAGAUUAAGGGCAUUUCCUUUCUCUCUAGAGGAUGAUGCCCGGGAUUGGCUGGACAGUCUGGAGCCCAACUCCAUCCGUACGUGGGAUGCAUUGGUGGCCAAAUUCUUAGCAAAAUACUAUCCUCCGAGUGAAGCUUUGAAUAGGCAAUCAGCGAUUCUAGCAUUUGAGAUGACUCAUCAAGAGAGUAUCCGAGGAGCUUGGGAAAGGUUCAAGAGCCUUUUGAAGCGGUGUUCUAAUCAUGGUUUGAAUCCAACCCAUCAAGUCCUCGUAUUCUACAAGGGGUGCUUGCCUGAUGCAAAGAGCGAGCUAAAUUGGAGCGCAGGAGGAUCACUGAUAAAGAUUGGUGAGGCGGCAGCAAUGGAGGUGAUCGAGAGAGUUGCCUCGAAUGAUGGAACUUGGACUAAUGAGAGGAGCAAGAUGCACAGAAUAGCUUCUGCCUCAGAAGUCAGUCCCGACAGCAGCUUGGCGAAUCAAUUGGAGCUCAUCCACAAGAAGCUGGAUCUUAUGGGAGUGGGAUCAUCGGUGCAAGAUAACCUAGAAGGUGUAGAAGAUGUCAACUACAUACACCAAGGGGGCAACAGAUACUAUAACAACUCCCGCCCCAAUCAAGGGGAUGGAGGUUUCAACCACUUUGGGAAUAAGCCACAUCCCAAUCUCUCCUAUGGGAACCCCAACAAUGCCUUGCAGCCACCUCCGGGGUUUACAGUGUCUCAAGGAAUGAUCAAUGAGCCGCAGAAGAGGAGUUCAGAGGACAUACUGAAUACCUUCAUGACCCAGUCUCAGAAGAAUAUGGAGCAUUCAAACAAGAGGCUCAAGAAGGUAGAGAAUGAUGUGCACAUCAUGGCGACACAUAUGAAGAACUUAGAGGUGCAGAUGAGUCAGAUCGCUCAAUCUGUGAGCGGCCAGCAUAAGCCAGGGCAAUUCCCAGGGCAGCCAACGAUAAAUCCCAAGGAUUGCAAGGCGAUUCACUUGAGGAGUGGGACGAGUUAUGAGGGUCCUUCCAUGCCAGAGACUCCAUCAAAACCUGCAGCUGAGCCAGAGAAGGAAGUAGCGACUGAAGUAGAAGAGGAGGAACUCGAGACAUCAUCUCCUGCAGUUCACCCUGAGGUGAACACACUAGUCAAGCCAGCAGAGGUUAGAGUGCCAUUCCCCCAAAUGCUGCAAAGGAAGAAGAAGAAUGAUCAGUUCGCUAAAUUUUGGGAGAUCUUUAAGAAGGUGCAGAUUAACAUUCCGCUGAUUGAGGCACUGCAGCAGAUGCCCGGAUAUGUCAAGUUUCUCAAGGAAGCUGUCGCCAAAAAGAAGAAGUGGGAGCAUCAUGAGACCGUCAACUUGACGGAAAACUGUAGUGCGAUCUUGCAAAGGAUUCGCCCGAGUGGAGCAUCGGAGCAUCACCAGAGAUGA